AGCUCUUUCAGAUUCAGACCUUCCUCAAUGCCAAAGCCAAACUCCACUGCUGUGACUGAGUUCCUCUUUGAAGGUUUCUCCAGCUUUGGGUGGCAGAACAGGCUUUUAUUUUUUGUUGUCUUUCUGACAUUGUACCUACUGACUCUCUCUGGCAAUGUUAUCAUUGUGACCAUCAUUCACCUAGAUCGACACCUUCACACUCCCAUGUACUUUUUCUUGAGCAUGCUGUCCAUCUCUGAGACCUGCUACACAGUGGUCAUCAUUCCAAGAAUGUUGUUUGGCCUCCUGAGUCCAUACCAGUGUAUUUCCAUCCAAGGCUGUGCCACACAGCUCUUCUUCUAUCUCACUUUUGGCAUCAACAACUGCUUCCUGCUCACAGCCAUGGGCUAUGACCGCUAUGCGGCCAUCUGCAACCCCCUACGUUAUUCUGUCAUUAUGAGUAAGAAGUCCUGUGCCUUUCUAGCAUCUGGAUCCUUGGGAAUUGGGAUGGGUAUGGCCAUCAUUCAGGUGACAUCUGUGUUUGGCCUGCCCUACUGUAAUGCCUUUGUCAUUUCUCAUUUCUUCUGUGAUGUACACCCGCUGCUGAAGCUGGCCUGUGCAGAGACCACUAUCAAUGAGAUCAUUACCUUUGUCGUUUGUUUCUGUGUUCUUAUUCUACCAAUGGGACUGGUCUUUAUCUCAUAUGUCCUCAUCAUCUCCGCUAUCCUUAAGAUUGCUUCAGCGGAGGGCAGAAAGAAGGCCUUUGCCACCUGUGCCUCCCACCUCACAGUGGUCAUCAUCCACUAUGGAUGUGCCUCCAUCAUCUACUUCAAGCCCAAAUCUCAGAGUUCCCUGGAGAAGGACAGACUCAUCUCAGUGACGUACACUGUCAUCACUCCCCUGCUGAACCCCGUCGUGUACACACUGAGGAACAAGGAAGUCAAAGAUGCUCUACAAAGAGCUAUAGGGCGGAAGCCCCUAUCCUCUUAA